AUGGAAACCAAAUCUGACUCUGAUCAUGCUGAUUCCAAACCGGGCACGUCCAAAGGUGCUACUGCUAGUUCAUCUCCAUCUGCACCCACAACAUCAGCUGCAGUGACUUUGAAGUUGCCUCCAUUUUGGCCCAGUGACCCUGCCCUUUGGUUUGCGCAAGUGGAAGCGCAAUUUCUAACCCGUAACAUCACUCAGCAACACACCAAAUUCGCAUACGUGGUUGGUUCCUUGCAGCCAGAGUUUGCAACUGAAGUGAGGGACAUCCUCAUUUCACCCCCUGAGCAUAAUGCCUACGACAGCCUGAAGACCGCCCUCAUCCGUCGAACCUCCGUAUCAGAGCAGAAAAGACUGCACCAGUUGCUAAUAUCGGAGGAGCUGGGGGACCGCAAGCCUUCACAAUUACUACGUCGUAUGCGGCAGUUGUUAGGAGACAACACGCUUGAAGAAAACAUCCUGAAACAACUGUUUCUUCAGAGAUUAUCGACCAACGCCCAACUUAUCCUGGCAUCAACAUCUCAAACGACACCCAUUGAGCAACUCGCAGAACUUGCAGACAAGAUUGUUGAAGUUUCUGUCUCGCCUACUGUACAUGUCGGGGCAGUUUCAUCCAGCCAGCCUGGCAGUUCGUCGCCUCCAACAACCAUGCCAAGUUCAGAUAUGCUCACACUACAAGCCAAAGUUGACCAGCUAACCCAACAAGUCAGCGCUCUCACAUGCCAACUCUCCGGUCAGCCCCGUGGGAGAUCGAGGAAGCGUGACACAACCCCACCCAAUCGACGCCCAUCUCGCAGUCGCAGCCCAUCACACUCUGGCACUGACUGCUGGUAUCACUGGCGAUUCGGCGCUGAUGCCAGAAGGUGUGUGUCCCCAUGCAGCUUCAAACCCCAACAACAACAGGGAAACUCCGAUGCCAGCGACUAA